UAUAAAUUGAAAUAAAAUCAUUCAUUUCCGUUUCCUACCACUUAAAUUCUGCAACAAUCUUAAAAAAUUUAAAUUAUUUUUUUUUUCUUCGAAACAAUUCCAUACCAAAAAAAAAAAAACUAUUUAAAAUGGCAGAAUUUUGGGCAAUUUUAAGUCUACUUCGUGAAAAAUGUGAUGAAAAUCCUGAGCUACAACAAACAUGCCAAAUUAUUGCAGAUAAUUAUUUGGAUUCUGAAAAAAGAGAAAUACGCGCACAAAAUGCUUAUGAAGAAAACCUUAUUCUAAAACUAGAAAUUGCAAGUUUAGAAUCCAUAUACCGACAAGUUAGGGAAAACAAUGAAGAACGAGCUCAAUUGCAUUCUCUUCUUAAAGAAUUUUAUAAAGAACAUCUCAAAUCUGCAUUCAAUGUUGACGAAUUUGAGUUGGAAAAACUCGCAAACUAUGAUGAAUUAAAAUUCGAAUUAGAAAGUCGAGAUUCCAAUAAUGUUUACCAACAACUUUAUUGGCGCAAACUGGAAACCGCCAAGAAAAUGGAAGAGCGAAACAUUGUAAAACGAUAUCGACAAGUAGAACAAGAAUAUUUAAAGACAAAAAAUGAACGACUUCUUCUAGAGGAAAAUGUAGAAAAGUUGAAAGCAAAAGUUGAUGAAUUCAAAGCAAGACGCCAAGAAGAAGUCAAAUUAAUACUUCAACUCGUCGAAGGGAUGAAAACCAUUUCUGAAUUAGAUCCACAAAGAUCCCAAUCUCAAAUUGUUAUGUCGCUUAGUCAGCGUCUUAGUGGAAUUGUUCCAGAUUUCCACAUCCAAAGAGGUGGAUUAUCCUCAAAGUUUUUGAUGAAUUAUAAAGAAUUCGCAAUGCCUCAAAUACAUGCGAUGCCAAGAAUUCGUCAAAUUAACCCGCACAAUGGCUUGAGUCGUCUUCUGCAACAAUCAGAAGUUAUUCGCAAGUCAAUGCAAUCAAAGCCAAUUGUUUUGUCAAAUGAAAUACCGACACCAAAUAUUUCUGGUAUUUUGAAAUUUCCAAAAGAUUCCAAUUCAAUUCCGGCUGAGAGUGCUCCAAAAACAGUUUCUUUUGAUGACAGUAGAAAAGAUUUGACAAAAUCUCUUGAAUCACAAAAAGAAGUAACAACAAAAACCACAGAUGAUGUCUUGGAAACAAUUGAAGAUUCCGAAAUGGAAGAGAGUUUGAUUGAAAAGGAAACAAAAAAUUCUGAGAUAAAAAUAACAGAAAAUUUGUUAAUUAAGCCAGCUGAAAAAACUUCUGAUAGAGACGAUUUUAAAAAACAUGUAACAACUGCCAACAUAACCUCUUCUCCUUCAUUUAAGGUCCCUUCAAAGAGUUUCAUGGAUAUGUUCUUAGAUUUUGACAAAGAUACACCCGAUGUGGAAUCUCCUACAUUUGAAUCAAUUGAAGAACCUAAAUCAAAAGCUGAACCAAAUCACGAUAAGGAAAAAGUUGAGAAAGUAGAGGAGAAACUAACAGAGAAAAAGACUAUGGAAGUGGAUAUAAAUAAAAAACAAGAAACCAAGACCAAAUCUACCAAAGCAUCCAAAAAACAAUUUGAUUUUGAUGAUAUGUUUUCCGAUGUAGAUGAAAAUAAUGAAAAUAACGAUGAAUCAUUUGACUUUGAUACAGCCAAUGAUAUUGAUGAUGAUGCGAGUGAUAAUUUUCUUUUUUAGUUUUAAUCUCAAAUUUAAAAAUGAAAUUAAUUUUUUCUAACAAAUGAAGGACAAAUUUUAAGUUUUAAAUGAAGAAGAAAAUUAAAGUUUUUAUUUAUUAUUU